AUCACGUGGCGUUUUCGGCGUGGCAUCUUGAUCAGCGCAGCCCGAACCCACCUCGUCAUUUCGUUUGACUGCUCGAAAGCUUUGUCUUCUGAUUCGCCGCCUUUCGGUUCUUCUGCGUGGAUAAUGUCCUUAGGGGGAUCGUCUGUGUCUCUCCUGAUAAAGUUUCUGGGGCAAAGCCGGUCCAGAUUGCUCUCGACAUGUACAGAAUACAAGCAGGGUCGGCAGCAGCGGCACGGGUCGAGCCUGGAUACUGUGUUGAGACCGAUCCCACCGGUCGGUAUGCUCGGUUUGAAGAAAUUCUGGGCAAAGGGGCGACCAAGACAGUUUACAAGGCGAUCGAUGAGGUCCUGGGAAUGGAGGUGGCGUGGAACCAAGUGAAGCUGAAUGAUUCGUUUCGGUCUCCGGACGAAUAUCAGCGUCUGAUCUCGGAGGUUCACCUCCUCAGCACCCUCAAUCACGACUCCAUAAUGAAAUUCCACACUUCAUGGGUCGACGUGGAUGGGACGGCCUUCAAUUUCAUCACCGAAAUGUUCACUUCAGGCACCCUCAGAAAUUACAGGAAGAAAUACCCACGAUUGCACAUCCGAGCCAUAAAGAAUUGGGCUGUUCAAAUACUUCACGGCCUCGUGUAUCUGCACAGCCACGAUCCGCCAGUAAUCCACAGAGAUCUGAAGUGUGAUAACCUCUUUGUUAAUGGACAUCUGGGACAAGUUAAAAUUGGUGAUCUUGGACUUGCAGCGAUCCUUCAUGGUUCUCGAGCAGCUCAUAGCAUCAUAGGCACUCCAGAGUUUAUGGCACCAGAACUCUACGACGAGAAUUACAAUGAGCUGGUCGAUGUCUACUCAUUCGGCAUGUGUGUCUUGGAAAUGCUUACUUGCGAGUAUCCUUACAUUGAAUGCACCAAUCCGGCUCAAAUUUACAAGAAAGUCACGUCGGGAAAGUUGCCAGAAGCAUUCUACCGUAUCAAAGACUCAAAAGCUCGGAAAUUUAUUGGAAAAUGCUUAGCAAACGUCUCAUGUAGAGUAUCGGCAAGGGAGUUGCUACACGACCCAUUUCUUCUAAGUGAUGAAGGUGACCGCCUCCCAGGAUUGAAGUUCGAAAUGCCGGAGCCAUUCUUGAAUGGGAGAGAUGUAGAUAAUCUGCGUGCAAGGGAUAAUCCACUCAGGACCGACAUGAUGAUUACGGGAAAGUUGAAUCCUGAGGGUGACACCAUUUUUCUGAAAGUUCAGAUUGCUGAUAGAAAUGGUUCAGCGAGAAAUGUCUAUUUUCCUUUUGACGUUCUAAAUGACACUCCGAUUGAUGUCGCGAAGGAAAUGGUCAAGGAACUGGAGAUCAUGGACUGGGAAGCGGAGGAGAUAGCCGACAUGAUUGGUGGAGAAAUCUCUGCUUUAGUACCUAACUGGACGAAACAGGACAUGACAGACUACAAUCAGGAAAAUGACGACGGCUUUGCUCCACCUUUUCUCUCAUUCUCUUCAGGUUCGUCAUCACAGGCAUCGCCAUCGGGCUUUACGGCCUACAGGGAAAAUGAAAUCGCGUCUGACUACGGUUGUCUCCAGGAUGUGCCAGAUGAUAUGAGCUCUCCAAGCUCCAUACAUUCUGGCACAUAUUCCCACACAAGUUACUUCUGCCCGGAAGAUCAAGAAGUGAACCCCGGUCCUUCAAACCCAGAUCAACACCUUAUCAGCAGAAGCAACAAACAUACGAGGUUUUGCGCCGACGACUACCAAAGGCCAAGGCAAUUCAAGGAUAGGAGUCAGACCUUGCAAUGCCAGGUCCUGACAGGGUCAGAUAGAGAUUCUUCCUCCGUCAUUAACCGGAGGAUGGCCGGCCACAGACUUUCACGGAAUAGGUCUCUGGUAGAUGUUCAUAGCCAGUUACUUCACCUCUCAUUGCUGGAGGAGGUGAGCAAGCGGAGGCUGUCCAGGACAGUCGGAGAAGUUGAGAACAUCGGGUUUCAGGCACCCUUUGAGAUAUCAAGAAACGCCCCCCGGAUUGGCGGAUCUAGUUUCAUCAGCAGCUCGAGGAAUAAAAAGGGCCACAGGAUUCAAAACAGAAGAAACUGAAAUCUGCCCUCUCUCAUGAGCAUCUAAAGAUGGUAAUUUGUAUCAAAAUGUCAGCAAUUUAGGACUGUAUCCACCCUGCAAAGAUCAAAAGUAUUAGCCUUGUAGCUUAAAUAAGUUUCAUAUAAACGUUUAGCUUGAUGCAAAUGAUACAUAUUUCGAGUGUCUGAUGCAAAAAUAAUCAGGUGAUGCCUGCUAAUAUAUAAGGUUAUUCAUAAUGACAUCUUUGUAUUUGCACCGGUCA